UUGAAGCAAGCGUCAGUUAAAGCACAUUCCUGCAGCUCUGUGUGUGAGAGAGUGUGUGUGUGAGAGAGAGUGUGUGUGUGUGUUACUCACAGUGUCUUUUUUAACUUUUUCUCUUAUGGACUUUUUAAACCAAACCACCAUGGGAGUACGGAGCUUGUUGCCAUCCUGUCUGAGGAUGUUUGAAGUUCCUGAAGUGUGAGAGGGGAGGCAGAUAUUCCUGGAAGAGUCGUCUAGCUGGACCCAGGGUCCGAAGAUUGGAGGUGCCAAAGAUGGCGUCUUUAGGAUCAACUCUUCUUGCUUUGGCAUCCGUCCUCCUACACUUUACGAGGUGUCAGGGGAUUAUGGGAAAAGGCAAAGGCAGCUUGCCGCUGAGGUUCACACAUCAUCUGUACAACGCCACCAUCUUCGAGAACUCUGCCCCGCGGACGUACGUCGAGACGCCGGUGAAGAUGGGAAUCGAGGUGACCGAUGUGUUCUGGGAAAUCAAAUAUAACGUUGUCUCAGGUGAUGACGACGGACUCUUCCAAGCAGCGGAGGUUAAGGUUGGGGAUUUCUGCUUCCUCAGGAUCAAAACACGCAGCAGUAUCUCCGCACAGCUCAACAGGGAGGUCAGAGACUCUUACACUCUUACAGUGUCAGCCACAGAACAAACCUCUGACUUCCAGGCGAAGACCAAGGUGUUUGUCCAGGUGCUUGACACCAACGACCUAAAGCCUCUUUUCUAUCCUGCCUCAUACAACCAGGCCAUCAGGGAGGACAGUCCGCUUCAGUCAAGUGUGGUGAGAGUCAGCGCUACGGACGCUGACAUCGGCAGCAACGCUCGGUUUUACUACUCUUUCACCAGCAGAGCUCACCCCUUUGUCGUGGACCCUUUCACGGGCACCGUCAGCCUCGUCAGGAGGCUCAAUCACACCCGCUCCGGGAGGUACGACCUCACCGUGAUGGCAGAGGACAGGACAAAGAAGAUAUCGGGCGUUCAGAAGUUUGGUAAUGUGGCCAGAGUUACAAUCAACGUACAAAAGAUGCCAACGAGUUCUCCGGUCAUCACUCCGGCCCCCAAACCCACAGUGUCCACAGAUGGCAGAAUAACUAUCAAUGUCCACGUGGAGGCCGGCGUUAAGCCUGUUGAGUCCCUGAGUAUAGUUGGAGGGGAUCCCCACAAGUGUUUUGAGAUAAUCCCUUCAGGUGUGCAGGGCACUGACUUCCAAGUGAUCUCUACUAAGAGGAUUAACUGGUCUCAGAGUCCUUUUGGGCUGAAUCUGUCCCUUCAAGCUAAAGACAGGAGCUUCCCGAGUUUACUCUCUCCAGCUGCUCACAUCCACAUUCCUGCCUAUCAUUACAGCCCCCUGGCAUUUUUGGAGGACACCUACAUUGUCACUCUGAGUGAGUUUUCCCCCCCUAAAACUCAUGUGGUUAAGGUGUCAGUCACGGCGGUACCUUAUAACGUCACAUUUAGUAUCAAGAACAAUCCGGACAGCACUCAAUUUAAGAUAAAUCCCAAAACAGGAAUCAUCAUAACAACGAAGAAGUUUGAUUACGAGAGGAAGGAUCGAUACGAGUUUGAAGUUGUGGCCAAUCACGGCGAGGCUGAGACUCACGUAGUGGUCGAGAUUAUCGAUGAGAAUGACAACAGCCCACAGUUCGCCCACACCUUCUAUGAGGCCACGCUGGAUGAGAACUCCCCGGUUGGCAGCAGUGUGUUGAAAGUAGUUGCCUCUGACAAAGAUAAAGGCAAAAACGGCUUUGUGACGUACGCCAUGGCGAGCGCCGGUCCCCUACCCUUUAUAAUAGACCCGUUCACAGGCGUCAUCUCAACCUCCGAACAUUUGGACUACGAGCUGAUGAAACGGCGGUACCACCUGAGGGUUUGGGCGUCAGACAGCGGCAGCCCCUUCAGUCAGGUCAGCGAAUGCCCCGUGACGAUCACCCUGAACAACAUGAACGACAACACCCCUCUGUUUGAGAGGGUGGGCUGCAACACCACCGUACCGCAGGACUUACCCGUCGGACACACGAUCGUCGAGCUGUCAGCCAUCGAUGUGGACGAGCUGCAGCAGCUGAGGUACAUCAUCGAGUCAGGGAAUGAGCUGCAAGUCUUUGCUAUUGACCCGGUGUCAGGAGCAAUCACCCUGAAACAACAUAUCCCCCUGAGAGCAGCUUCGUUCGAUUUGAGAGUUGUAGCCUCUGAUGGAAAGCAUUCCUCCGAGGCUUCACUCGUCCGGGUGACUGUGACGAACAGAGGCGAUGAAGCGACGCUCGUCUGCCAGGAGACGGGCAUUUUCAAACAGCUGACGGAUAAACUGAUUGAGUCGAUCAAGCCCAUUUUAACCAGUCAACAGGAAGACAUGUUCUCUGAUGUUCACAUCACCAACCGUCACUCUCCCAAGUUUGAAGCGAACAUCCCGGGAUCAAUCGACCUGAUUGAGGACCACCCGCUGAACUCCUCCAUUAUCCAAUUCAAGGCCACAGACACCGACACUGGGUUCAACAGUAAGCUGGUGUACUCCAUAUCUAGUGGGAAUGAAGACGGCUGUUUCUCCAUUGAUGUUUUCUCUGGUGAUCUUCAUUUGGUUUGCCCAUUAGACAGAGAGAGUAAGGAGUUCUACAUUUUGAACGUCACUGUUUAUGACCUGGGUAUACCGCAAACAUCUGCGUGGAAGUUCAUCGCGGUGAACGUCAUGGACGUCAACGACAAUCCUCCGGUGUUUGAUCAGCCGAGGUAUGUGAUACGCGUGCCUGAAAACAAAGAGCAGGACUCUAUUAUCUUUACAGCUCGGGCUAUCGAUCCUGACGUAGAUGCGAGCGGUACUGUCCAAUACUCCCUGCUGACGUCCACUGACAUGUUCAACAUUGAUGAAUUGACCGGUGAGGUGACGGUAACGGGUGCGUUGGAUCGAGAAACUUCACCCAGGCACGACCUCCGGAUCGAAGCCAGAGAUCAAGCCAAACCCGGCCCUCAGCUGUUCUCCAUGAUUGACCUUGUGGUGGUUUUGCAGGACGUUAACGACAACCCACCCAAGUUUGUACCCAAGGUUUACAAAAUAAAAGUCCCAGAGGAUGUACCCGUGGGCACCCUCCUCGUCUGGGUUGAGGGCGUUGACUUGGAUCUGGGCAGCGGAGGCAUCAUCAACUACAACCUCAAGAACACCGAGGGCGGGAUCUUCCACCUCGACCCCUCCACGGGGGCCUUGAUCCUCGAGAGGGAGCUGGACUUUGAGAGGCGUCCGAUUUACAACCUCACGGUCCGAGCCGUGGACCAUGGCCUGCCUCGCUCCCUCUCCUCCUCCUGCUUUGUGGAGAUUCAGGUUCUGGAUGUCAACGAGAACCUGAACAGGCCUGUGUUCUCAGAGUUUGUGUAUGAAGCCGGAGUGAUGGAGGAUGCAGCAGUGGGGACAUCAAUGGUCUCGCUUACAGCCUCAGACAAAGACCCCGGCAGAGACGGAGUGGUCCGCUACCACAUCCAUGAAGGCUCUGGUCUUGGAGUGUUCACCAUCGAUGAGGAAACAGGUGUGAUCCGGACCACAGAGGUAUUGGACCGCGAGAUGACGCCUCACUACUGGCUCUCUGUGUACGUCACCGACCUGGGCACGGAGCCGCUGAUCUCCUGGACUCACGUCUUCCUGGAGGUGCUGGACGUUAACGACAACGCUCCGGAGCUUUCUCAGCCGGUUUAUUUCGCAUCCGUCCCGGAGAACGUGAACACGGUCAAGUCCGUCGUCCAGGUGACGGCCGUGGACGUGGACACUUCCUCUGAGGGCAAGCUUUCCUUCCAGAUGCUGGAGUCUCACCGGACCUACUUUGAUGUGGAUCCCAAAACAGGUAUUAUCAGCACUCUCUCAGCUUUGGACCGGGAGGAUAAACCAGAACACAUUGUCGAGGUCAUCGUGUCAGAUAACGGCUCUCCUCCUCUGAGCUCCACCGCCACCGUGGUGAUCGGAGUCCUCGACGCCAACGACAACCGACCCAAGUUCACGGACAAGCUGGUCCACGUGAAGCUCCCCGAGCAGCGGCAGCAGGCGGGCCGACAGGAGGUCUGCAGGAUGGUCGCCCGUGACGACGACGAGGGCUCGAACGCCGUGGUGACCUACACGCUGCAGAGCGACGAGGACGAGAGGUUCGAGAUCGACUCUCUGACCGGAGUGGUGACGGCGCACGGGGACUUCUGGCCGGGGAACUACAGCAUACUCACGAUUAAUGCGACGGACCAGGGCAGCCCGUCCCACUCGUCCACGGCGAGACUCGACAUUGAGUGGGUCGCCCCCCCGCCGCCCUCCGACGAGCCAAUCACGUUCGACGACCCCCUCUUCACCUUCGCCAUCAUGGAAACGGAACCUGUCACUCACAUGGUGGGCAUCAUCAUGACGGAGGGAGCCCACCGGCUGAAGUGGUUCGACAUCAUAGGAGGAGACGACGAGAAGGACUUUGACAUCCAGAGGACGAUGGGCACCAUCUCCAUCGCCCGGAGGCUGGAUGCUGCACGCUGCUCCAACUACAACAUUACGGUGCGGGUCAGCGACGGCCACCGCAGCGCCACCACACAGGCCUACAUCCGGGUGCUGGACAUGAACGAGCAUCGGCCCGUCUUCCUGAAGCCGCUGUACCAGGUGAGGGUCCCCGAGGACACGUCCCCCUGGAAGGACGUCCUGCAGAUCAGCGCUCAGGAUGCCGACGCCAACAGUAAGCUGGUGUUCUCCAUCCACAGCAGCCUCCACCCGGACAGCACCAAGUUCUUCCACCUGGACCCGAAGAGCGCAGUCCUGGUGAUGACGGAGGAGCUGGACUACGAGACGAUCCCUGUGCACACGCUCAUCGUGAUGGUGCGUGACCAGGAGAUCCCAGCAAAGAGGAACUUUGUGAAGGUGGUGGUUGAGGUGGAGGACUGCAACGAUCACUCCCCGGCCUUCCUCAGCACCCGCUACGAGGCCAGCAUCUCCAACCUGGCCCCCCCGGGCUCCGAGGUGCUCCGGGUCAAAGCGCUGGACAAGGACAUGGGCAGCAAUGCCGACAUCAGCUACUCUCUGAACUCCGGGAACAUCGACAACAUCUUCUCCAUUGAUCCAGAGCUGGGCUCCAUCAGCGUGAACAAACCUCUGGACCUCCAGCCUCAGGAUCACUUCCACCUGACGGUAAAAGCCACGGACCAGGGCUUCCCUCCGCGCUCUGACCUCUGCUCCGUCCACGUCCACAUCCGCAUCUCCGACCAAACCCCUCCUGCCUUCCCCUCGGACGACUACCUCACAGAGAUCAGUGAAUUGAGCACUAUUGGAACACCAGUGACCACCAUCUCGGCCUCCAGCCCCGCCGCUGUGCACUAUGGGAUAGAAAGUGGCAACACAAACCGGACCUUUCACAUCAACCCCUCCACCGGGUUGAUCUCAAUCCAGAAGCACCUUGAUUUUGAGAUCUCUGCCUCCUAUAAGCUCAAAGUCACAGCGUCCACGACAGCGGGAGCUUCCUCCAGGACGGUCGUGUUCAUCUACGUAAUCGACGAGAACGACAACGCUCCUGUUUUCCAGCAGCGGGACUACCUGGGGCAAAUAAGCGAGUCGGCUCACAUAAACAGCAUGGUGAUGGGAGAAAGAAACACCCCUCUGGUGAUCCAGGCGUCAGAUGCUGACAAAGAUUCAAACUCUCUGCUGGUGUAUCAGAUCCUCGAACCAGAGGCCUUGAACGUCUUCACGAUAGACUCCAGUAUGGGCACCAUCUCUUUAAUCUCACCGGUUGACUUUGAAGCCACGGCUGAGUAUCACUUCACCGUGCAGGUAAAGGACUCCGGGGAGCCAUCGCUGUUUGCAUCGGAGCCUGCCAAGGUCACUGUGCGCGUCCUGGACCUCAACGACUGCCCGCCACAGUUCAUAAAGCCAGUGUAUGAGCCAUCCAUCAUCUUCCCUGCUGUCAGGGAUACAGAGGUUGUGCAAGUCACGGCCAAGGAUCUGGAUUCAGCUGUCUCAUACAGCAUCAGCGAGGGAAAUCUCCACAAUGCCUUUUCAAUUCACCCCAAUACUGGAGUCAUCACCGUGAGCAAUGUGUCCGAGUUCAGGCCGUCUUACAAACUGGUUGUCAAAGCGUCUGACGGCCUCUACAAAGACUUAGCCACUGUCCACCUCAACGUGACAAACCUAACAGCCAGCGAUCUUGGAUUUGAGCAGAGGGUGUACUCAGCAAGUGUCAGAGAAAACCUAAAGACAGUCAAAACCUUGCUGGCACUCAAAACCACAGGUUGUUUUUUCAAUGAGCCUGUUUCUUACUCUGUGGUGAACCCGGUGGGGAAGUUUGUCAUUUCCCAGUCAUCAGGCAUUCUUGAAACAACCGGUAUACCUUUUGACCGUGAGGAACAGGAAGCCUAUGACGUAGUGGUGAAGGUAGAAGACAUGAGAACACCGCCAAGGACUGCUACCACGCAGGUCAGGGUUUUUAUCGAUGAUGUCAACGACAACUCUCCGCAGUUUCUAAACUUGCCUUUUUCAAUGAUGAUUUCUGAGACCUCUGAACCAGGGGAUGUGUUAUACCAAGCAACAGCCAUCGACCGAGAUCUGGGAGAGAAUGGGGCCAUCGUGUACUCACUCGAGGAGGAUUACGACCUUUUCAGGAUCGAUCCCGACGUAGGUGAUGUGUCCCUUCAAAAGCCUCUUGACUUUGAAGCUCUGAAUAAGUACGUGUUGACGGUCUUUGCUGUAGAUGAGGGGGAGCCAAGUCACACCACUAUGGCCCAGCUCAGCAUUCAAGUGAGGAAUCAAACCAACCCGGUUUUCCAGACCCUUCUUUAUCCACUGAAAGUGCCAGAAAAUGUCCCACAAUUCACCACCAUCCUACACGUCCAGGCCAGGAAUCCGGAGGGCUAUCGGCUCAUCUACAACCUGGAAGAGGAAAACGCCUCACAGCAUUUUCACAUUGAUUUCAAAACCGGCGUGUUAACCGUCUCCAACCCCCUGGACUACGAGAGCCAGACCAUGCACGUGUUGACAGUGCGUGCGACCGACUCUGUGACCGGAGCUUCCUCUGAGGCCUCCAUUGAAAUAGAAGUAGAGGAUGUGAACGAUAAUGCGCCAGUUUUCUCGAAGGUAGCGUACAAGGUGAGCAUUGAUGAGGGGAUCCCCAUCGAGACCUCUGUGAUACAACUCUCUGCCAUUGAUAGGGACUCUGGCAGGAAUAAAGAUCUCACCUUUCAUAUUGUGAAAACAGAGAAGAACGAGACUGAUUUCUUUGAGGUAGACCCCCACAGCGGGUUGAUUGUGACAAAACAGGUGCUGGACUAUGAAACCACUGAACACUUUCAUUUCAAAGUAAAAGCCACUGACAAUGGCACUGUUCCUCUCAGCAGUGAAGCCCACGUCUUCAUAAAUGUCACCGAUGUGAACGACAACCCUCCAGACUUCAUCAGCUCCCAGUAUGACGCCACACUGGACGAAAUGGCAAAGUGUGGCCACAUCGUCAUCAAAAUCCAAGCUUCAGAUCCGGACACCGCGGACCUGAACAACCUCAAGUACAAAAUCCUCUCAGGGAACGGAGGCCGCUACUUCAACAUCAACGAAUCCUCUGGACUCAUAUCUUUUUCCAACGUCUGUAAGAGGAAUCUGGACCCUUACUACAACCUGACGGUGGCGGUGUCUGACGGGGUGUUUCAGAAAACAGCACCAGUCAAUAUCGACAUGAUAAACAGCAACAGGCACAGUCCGCACUUCAAGCAGAGCCUCUAUGAAGCAGAGCUGGCGGAAAACGCAGAGGCAGGAACUCGGGUGAUCCGGUUGGCCGCCAUCGACCCUGACGACGGGCCGUUUGGCAGCGUUGACUACACCAUCAUUAACAAACUUGCCGAUGAGAAGUUCUCCAUCGACGCUGAUGGGCAGAUAGUUACGACGCAACCACUGGACCGAGAAAACCCCGCUCAGAGAGUCAUCGCGAUCAAAGUGAUGGCUAAAGAUGGCGGCGGCAAAGUGGCCUUUUGCACGGUCAAGAUUAUUCUGAUAGAUGAGAAUGACAACGUCCCUCAGUUCAAAGCGUCAGAGUACCAGGUGUCGAUUCAGUCCACCGUUAAUAAAGGCUCCCCGGUGAUUCAAAUCAUGGCUUAUGAUGCGGAUGACGGCAAAAAUGCAGAUGUCACAUACACGGUAGACGAAGGCGAAGAAGUGACCGAAGAUAUCAUCGAGAUCAACCCCUUCACUGGAGUCGUAAGCGUGAAAGAGAGUCUCGUUGGCAUGGAGAAUAAGAUCUUCAACUUCAAAGUAAAAGCCCGUGACGGCAGCCUUCCUUUCUAUAACUCCACGGUCCCCGUUCAGCUCAAAGUGGUUCCUCCCGAGGUUCCUCUACCGAAGUUCUCGGAGCCUCUGUACUCCUUCUCGGCUGCAGAAGACAUCCCCGUUGGGUCGGAGGUCGGCUCAGUGAGAGCGGACUCCGACAUGCCUCUCAUUUACAGCCUGGUGAACGGGAACACUGUGGAGAGCAACAAGGACAAAGUGUUCAGCUUGGACAAGGAGAGCGGAACGCUGCUGCUGCAGAAGACCAUCGAUCACGAGAAGACAAAAUGGUAUCGGAUCGAUGUGAUCGCUCAGGGGAACCACAACGGGACCGAUGUUGCGUCGCUGGUGUCCGUCAGCAUCCAGGUCCAAGAUGUGAAUGACAACCAGCCGGUGUUUGAUGCUAACCCAUACCGGGCCUUCCUGGCUGAGAACAUGCCUGCUGGAACGACUGUCAUUCAGGUGACCGCCAACGACCCGGACACCGACACCAAUGGUCUGGUGACCUACAGCUUGGAGUCUAUACCUGACGACACCACCAUGAUGGAUAUCACCAAGGUGUUCUCCAUCGACGGAGAGAGCGGCUGGAUCACCACGGUCCGGGAGGCGGACUGCGAGGAGACCCGGCUCUACCGAUUCUACGUGUCCGCCACGGACCACGGCGGCGACGCCAAGCUGUCCUCCAGCGUCCUGGUGGAAGUGACGGUGACGGACGAGAACGACAACCCGCCGAAGUUCUCCGAUGACUUGUACCGCGGCUCCGUGGUGGAGAACAGCAGCCCCGGGGAAGUCAUCGUCUCCAUGACCACCACGGAUGCUGACGUGUCGCUGGAGAACCGACUGGUGACGUGCUACAUCACAGACGGGGACCCUCUGGGCCAGUUUGCCAUCAUCCAGGAGGACGAGGGUCGCUGGGGUCUGAUCCUGAAGGAAGCUCUGGACCGAGAGACUAAGGACAGAUACACACUGAGAGUCACCGCCACCGACGGGAAGUCCGAGGCUCCGGUCACUGUGGACGUCCACGUGCUGGACAUCAACGACAACAGCCCGCUGUGUGAACAGCUGGUGUACACGGAGGCGGUGAUGGAGAACUCUCCAUCCAGAAUGUUCUUCCUGAAGGUCCGGGCUUCAGACCCCGACGUGGGGGCCAACGGUCAGGUGUCCUACAGCCUCCACGGGCUCAACGCUGACAAGUUCCAUCUUGACCACCGGACAGGUGAGCUGUUCACUCUGGCGGUGUUGGACCGGGAGCGGGAGGUGGAGUACAACCUGGUGGCGAAGGCGACGGACGGCGGUGGGCGCUCCUGUCAGGCGGACAUCCGGCUCAGGGUGCAGGACAUGAAUGACAACCCGCCUCUCUUCUCCUCCAGCCACUACGAGGUCACUGUGUUCGACAACACCACCGUGCGGACCCCCGUCGCCGUCAUCUACGCCAAAGACCCCGACACCGGUAUAAACUCGGAGGUGCGGUACUCCCUGCUGUCGGGCGACGGCGGCUUCUUCUCCCUGGACGAGUUCUCGGGGAUCCUGCGUCUGGAGCGACCUCUGACCCCCGACACGCCGCCCUCCUUCGAGCUGAAGGUCAAAGCCACCGACCGCGGCCUGCCCCGCCACCUGUACUCCAUCGCCACGGUGACGGUGGACGUGGUGUCCCUGGACGACUACCAGCCCGUCUUCCUGAGCGCCGAAUACACCGCCCGGUUCCCAGAAUCCUUAGCGGUGGGGUCCGAGGUGCUGAGCGUCUCCGCCCUGACCAGGGACGGGGGCGGGCCGGAUCCAGUCACGUACCGAAUCACGUCCGGCAACGAGGACGGACGCUUCCUGCUGGACACUCGGACAGGCCUCCUGACCCUGAACGCCCCGCUGGACUUCGAGGUGACCCGGGAGUACUACCUGUCUGUGGAGGGGAGUCGGGGGAAGUCGUCCCUCAGCGACAUCACCACGGUCAUCAUCAACGUGACGGACCUGAACGACAACGCUCCGGUGUUCCAGCGAGGCGACAACAGCGUCGAGAUACCGGAGGAUCUGAAUCCCGGCAGCCUGGUGAUGAAGGUAACGGCCACUGAUCUGGACGGUCCAAUCAACAAUCUGCUGCGGUACUCCAUAGUGAGCGGAGACCCCCUGCAGCAGUUCACCAUCGACCACCGCAGCGGAGAAAUCACCGUCCGCACGGCGCUGGACCGAGAGGAGAUCCAACACUACUCUCUGACGGUGCAGGCAGCGGAUGAAGGCGAUCCUCCUCUCUCCUCCGCCGUCCUCAUCAGCAUCACGGUCAACGACGUCAACGACAACCCGCCGCUCUUCUCCCAGGUCAACCACAGUCUGCUGCUGCAGGAGGGCGAGUCAGCGGGCAGCACCAUCCUGCAGCUGGUGGUGACGGACAGAGACACGCCCAGGAACGGCCCGCCUUACUCCAUCCACAUCGUCAGCGGCAACGAGGACCGCCGCUUCCACGUCGACCAGGGCGGCCUGCUGUCGCUCUCCGCUCCGCUCAGGAAGAAGGUCAAAGCCCAUCACCAGCUCAAGAUACAGGUGACGGACAGCGGCCACCCCCCCCGCUCCUCCAUCUGCGUCGUCAACAUCAACGUCACGGAGCAGAGCAAGUACCCCCCCUCCGUCGUUCCUCUGGAGGUCUUCAUCACCACCUCCGGCGGGCUGUUCGCCAACCGGGUGAUCGGCCGGCUGCACGCCUCGGACCAGGACCUGCAGGACGUCCUCGCCUUCACCCUGCUGUCAGAACACCCGGACGGGGGCCGGUUCUCCGUGGACCAGACGGACGGCAAAAUCUGGGCAGACGAAACCCUGGACGAGGGGUCGUACUCGCUCAACGUCAGCGUGUCCGACGGGAAGUUCAUCGUGACGGCGGGGGUCAAGGUUCACGUCUGGGCGGCCGAUCAGAGGGCGCUGGACUGGGGGCUGACGCUGCAGCUGGUGGGGUUGACGGCGGAGGAGUUCCUGGGCGACCACUGGAGGGGUCUGCAGAGGAGCCUGGGUGAGGCGCUGGAUCUCCCCCGGCAGGAGCUGCAGCUGGCCAGCCUCCAGCAGCUGCCGGACGCCAGGGGUCUGGAGGCCCUGCUGACCUGCAGGAGGGAGAGCGGACUCCUGCAGACUCUGCCCAACAACAGACUCGCAGGCAUCAUAGCGCACAUGGAGGACUCUUUGGGUGUCAGCAUCCUCCGAGUGAAACACAACGGCUGUCUGGGCGCCGGCUGCCCGUCGAGAGGCUGCAGGAAUGCCGUCAGACUGACAUCGGAGAGACUCAACCACUUCACCACCGCCAGAGCUGCCUACAUCACCCCGCAGCACAGCUGGGAGAGCGUCUGCCCCUGCAACGAGUCUGCGGUGAGGUUUGAUGGUAAAUCCUACCUGAAGUACCUGCACAGGAUGGACGAGGACGACCAGGCCUUCAAACUGUCUCUGAGGUUUAAAACGUCCCAGCAGCACGGCGUCAUCGUGUCCACCAACAGCUCCAACCACUGGGGGGCUCUACAGCUGGCGGCCGGAGAGCUGCAGUUCAGCUUCAGCUGUGGGAACAGCCCCCCCGCUGUGUUAGAGAUCAGAUCUCACCCGGUGUCGGACAGCAGGUGGCACAGCGUCCUGCUGGAGGUCAACUCCAGCGCCCUGAGGCUGACCCUGGACCAGCAGCACCCGGCCUCCGUCACCCUGACCCAGCCCUGCCGGAUGAUGCGCUCCCAUGGUGCUUUGCUCUUCGCUUCCUCGACUCCCGAGAACUCGAGUAACUUCAGCGGUUGCCUGGAAGGCCUGCAGCUCAACGGGGAGCCAAUCAGAGUGGGGGACGCGUCGGAGUGGGCGGGGCCGGGCAGCAGGAGGGUGUUCGGGUCGUACCAAUGCUGCAGCCGGGGGGGAGCCUGCGACACAAACCCCUGUCAGAACCAGGGGGUCUGCGAGGAGGAGGCCGGUGGAGAGGCGCGCUGCAGGUGUGCAGGACUCUUCCACGGCGCCCGCUGCGAGCUCGACAACAACCCGUGCACCUCCAAUCCCUGUAAAGACGGCACGGUGUGUGUGCCCAAGGCUGACGGUUACAGGUGCAACUGCUCGCUGGAUAACCCUGAAGCACGGUGCUGUUCGGCCAGUCUGUGUCCUGAAGGAUAUGAGUGUAAACUCACAGGCGACACCUACUUCUGUGAGCCGAUGCGUGAUGUAUCGCCAAUGAUUGGCUACAUGGAGAUCAUGGAGAUCAGUGUCAGCGUGCUGGGACUGCUUUUGCUGGUUGGGAUCUUCGUUUGCAUCAGGAAACGCUACGUCCAGAAUAAGAAGAAGAAGCCCGUCUGUGUGCAGGACUCCAAUGGCUACUUCCACCCCACCCUGACUAAGAGCAUGAAAGCUGAGAAGCGGGACAUGAACCCGAUCGAGAUGAGCUCAUUGGUCGGCCCCACCAACGACCUGGACCAUACGCAGUACAGGUCGCUGCGCCCAUGCAGUCAGAUCGUUUCCUCUGGAGGGGUUUCCUGCCCAAAGAUGCAGGGGCCGGUGGUGUGCAGCGUGGCCCCGAAUCUCCCCGCCAGACCCCCGUCCAGCUCGGACAACGACUCCAUCAGGAAGACACACUGGGACAUGGACUACGAAGUGUAUCCUGCAGACCCGGACUACUACGGCCGCCCGGCGCCCGUCCAGGAGUUCCCUCAGUUCGACAUCGUGGAGGACACGUACUCCACCUCCACCAUGGACUCGCGGAGGAACUCUCGCUUCGGCGGCUUCCCGUUCCCUCUGGAGCGGGGCGACCGGCGCGCCCCGCUGCCGCCGUGCUACAGCAACCAGAACCUGGACGACUUCCUGGGUCCGGACGGGCUGCCUCUGCCCAAAACCCAGUGCCCCAACGAGUACACGGCCAUCAGUUACUACCCCACCCAGCACAAAACCCAGAGCCUGGACAACGUGUCGGGCGGCUACAAGAGACUCAGCAUGCGUCUGAGCGUCGCCAUGCCAUCGUACGCUGAGCAGGUUAGCCCGCCGCCGCCGGCAGCCAACACCGCGCAGCCUCAAACCCGACCCGUCCGGCAGAACCCCCGCAGCUACGACGGGUCCAGCAUGGUGGAGAGUGACUACGGCAGCUGUGAGGAGGUCAUGUUUUGAGGACUUGUUGGAAGACCCGUGUGUCUGGGUUCUCCACGUUCAGGCAGCUUUGUGGACUCUUUGAAACCCCCAAACUCUGUGAGACCUGACUCUGUUUCUCGGUUCCUCUGUGCCGAGAGUUCAGCAGAAGUUCAUCCCUUUGGUCUAAAAGAGGCGCCGCCGGGAGCCCUCACAAACUCGUUAGUGCUGUGAAAAUGUGAAGAGUGUUUCUGACUCUGAACAGUUCCCAGAGAUAAGACUUUUCUAAAAGCUUCAACACGAUGUGCCUCUCAGAAGAGGAUUCACAAACACAAUGCAAACUAACAUCCCGUGCAUUUCAUUCAUAAACACAACACGUUGAGCUCUGCAAACACAACAGUGUGUACACUCUUCAACCGUGCACACACAUCCCGAGCUGCGUGACCAGUGCUUAUCAUCCUACUGUGUGUUUGUGUUCACAGGAAAUUGAUUUAAUCUCAACAACACACGACAGGGUUCACCGUGUGUCUAAUGUCGGCCCGCUAUUUCAGAUGAAAAAGGUAUUGAAGGUGACGGUGAGCACGCUCCACUGGUAUCUGCUCACGGUUGUUUACCGUUAAAAUGAAGGGGGCUGGAUCCUCGUAAAAAAUGAAUAUAGAGAAGCCGUAGAGUUGAUGUUGUAUCUGUGCUACUUGUUUUCCAUGUGCUGUACAUAAUGAGUGACUGGAGUAGAGAGAUGUCUCUGCAGCCAUUUGAAAUGGUGCCAGUAAUGAGAGAAAUACGUGUUAUAAUCAAUGGAGUCCAUGUGAAGCAAUAAGCAUCUAUAAAAUGUACUGUUUGACAGUGAAGAGCCACAAAAUACACAAUACAAUAUCACCUUAUCCGUCCAUCGUCGUCUCUUACUAAAAUAAUUUAGAGAAACGAGACAUUUGUAGUAAUAUUUUGCACCAGAGGGUAUCCAAGUUAAACUAGUGGAAUAAUGAAAUACUGUAAAUUAAAACACAAAUAACAGAAUAUAAGUUUAAAAAAGGAUAAAUUGUAAAUAAAUCAUGAAUCGUCUUAUCAUUUCAGAUUUGUUUAAGGUGAAUAAUGAUUAAAUAAGUGACGGAUAAUGACUUAUAUUAAAUAUGAAUAGUAUUAUAAAUAUUUCUAUUUUGCAAAAUAGAGAAAAAACAAACAUCUAUUUACAUUUUAGGAGAUUUUUCUACUUCUUAAUCAUUUCCAGUCUUUAGAACAUUCAGAGUUUAGUACAAGGAACAAGCAUGUGUUCUUUCUCUUUCAUUUAAGAUUUAUGAAUGACUCAUUCUAAUGAAAACACAUGAUUGUGUUUGGCACACAGCAGCUUAAUCCAGAUUGACUUGUGAAAGCUGGAUGUGGGUUUGAAUGUUUCCUUUCAGUUUUUCCUCUAAAAUGUUUAUUUCUGAUGCAUUUCUUUCCGUCCGAGCAUGCAAAGCAACUUUAGCAAGCAUUAUUUUUUUGAAAGAUCAGGAAAAAUCUUACAUAAUUACCAAAAUGUUUUCUAAACCAGGCUGUUUCAUCGCCAAAAUAUACCUGAAAAACACAUUUCAUUGAAAACUCCUGCUUUUUGAAAUUCCCUUUUGACAUUUUGAAUCAAAUCUGAGGACGUUCUCUCCGAGCAUCGUCUCGUGCUGUGGGUUGAUGUAAAAUGUGUCUUACUGGUAUUAACUGUGUACAAAACCACCUUGUAGUGUACAGGUAUUGUGUCGUACACACAGUGUGUGUGUCUGUGUGUGUGUGUGUGUGUGUUGACGUCACUUGAAUGUCAUUUGUUUUCAUUCAUAAAGUUUAUUUUUGUAUUCCAUGUUUCUCCCCGUUGUUUCUCUGUGAGAGAUUUUAUUAAGAUGCCGCCUGUUUCUGUUGUUGUUUCUCAGUAUUGUAAAGAGAUAUUAAUAAAGAUAAGAACUUCUGUGA